GGGUGUGUAUUGUGAUUAUCUGAACUUGCAUUGCACAGCUACACCCACAUAUCUAAAAGCUCCGACACUCAACAUAUUUAUGCUAUGGUUGCGCAGGCUUGAACCCUAGCGGUGUCUCCGAUCUGCGAUAGACUUCUUAAUUCCAGCACACAUUGCAGUGUGCCGGCCUCUGAUUUUGGAGGUUUUGCUUUCGAAUGCAUCUUGGAUGUCGUCGAGUCAGGUUAUUCUCCUACGUGUUGGCGAAGGGUUUGUGCUUCAUAGUGAUCUGGUGCUAGGUGAGGUUUUUACCGGCACUAUACUAGCUUUCGGAGAUUGCCUCUGACUUACUCUGAAUGUCGCUAGCGUGAAGGGAGAUUUGAGUGGAGCAUUGACAUCGCUGAAGUAUCGCGUUGUUGUUUCUUUUUUCUUUUUUUGAAUGGUCACAGCUUAGCUUCAGGUUGAGCAGAACAGGAGAUUCAAGCUGUGCUUUAGAGUAGCAAUUGUGUGUUUGUCUCACUUCUGACACUGGGGAACUGUAAAUUACAGUUUAUUAAAUCAAUGAGAUUGGCAAAAAUUAGCCAUUCGAGAUUUUGGCGUUGUAAGGUGGGCGUUAACAUCGGGGAUUCUUUAGAGGAGGCUUCAACUGUGCGUAUGCAGUGAAGAUUAAUAGUAAGCCCUAAUUGAAUGAGACACGCUAUUUAGACGGACACAGAACAUGAUAGCUACUUGAUAGAUUUUAGGAUGAAACGAGCCUAUACUAUCUGGGGAAGGAUCGAAUUUUGAUGUAGUUAUUAGGAUAAAGUAGAAACAAAUUGUUUAAUGCGAAGCUGAAAUUGAGAGGAGAAGGAGCUGUUCCGUUGUCGAGAAUAGAGAUGGUGGGCUGCAAAAGUGAGGACGCUGAGGGGGAGGAUGAAAUCAAACCUGGAGCGAAGGAAGGAUCGCUCCUCUUCCACACCUUCAUGCAUCUCAUGGUGUCUCAGGUUUCUUCUCGUCUGCUAUCGUUUUUCCUCAACGUAUUAGUGGCACGCCGACUCACUCGUGAACAAUUCGGAUUGCAAGCUGUGCAGUUCCACCUUUUCACAACGACUGUGCUGUUCAUCAGUCGGGAAGGAUUCCGUCGGGGCUGUCUCCGCGGAAAUGUUGGACGGAAUGAUUCCGAGUCUGAAAGCAACGCUAGGGUUUUGGCAGUGGCAUGGCUUACAUUGCCAUGGGGCGUUAUUGCAUCAGUUGGUGUAUAUAAAGUUGUAAUGUGGUGGCAAGGCAUCAGUAUUUCUCAGGAUUAUGCUUCCUCUAUGGUUGUGUUAGGAACAGCAGCGCUACUGGAGUUAGGUUCUGAACCUCUAUAUAUUUUAGCACAGCAUUUGUUGCUUUUACGCGUACGCAUGAUCAUUGAAGGAGUGGCUACAUUUACUCGAUGUGUUGUCACUUACGUCCUUCUUAUCCAAGGCAUUGGAGUGGGCGGUGGACUAGUAUUUGCAUAUGCACAACUCGCAUUUAGCGUUUGCUUGCUUUUAGGCUACUGGUUUUACUUCCUGUGCAAUUACAAAGGAACUUUGUUUCCCUUCAGGAACAAAGGGAAGCCGAUACUUGACUUUGCCCUCAUUUAUUUAUGUGCCACGUUCACAUUUCAGUCGGUUCAAAAGUUGGUGCUACAAGAAGGCGAGAAGUUGGUGCUUGUGCUCUUCGACACAGCCUACAAUCAGGGUGUUUAUGGCCUUGUGGAUAAACUAGGGAGUCUAGUUGUGCGAUCUAUAUUUCAACCCUUCGAGGAAAGUGCAUUUACGAUGUUUGCGAAGGCUGGAUCAACUAUUGACAGAACGAGGAACUCAAAAAGUGGUGUGGAGCGCGUACUUAUACUAGCAUUGAAACUCGCGAAUCUAGUUGGGUCAGUGUUUGUUGCGUUUGGCCCAAAUUUUGCGUAUGUGCUACUCCGCUUGUUGUAUACAAGGGAUUGGAGCGAUGGAGAUGCCACUGUUGCAUUAGGAUACUACUGCAUUUACAUUCUGGCUCUUGCACUUAAUGGCGUAAGUGAAGCAUUUCUGCAUGCAGUCGUGACGAAAGGAGAGUUACUGCAAUCCAACGUGUGGCUUUUUGCGUUUUCGAUCGUGUACAUGUGUCUAAGUGUGGUACUUACACGGGCUGCUCCAUCAACUGGCCUAAUCUUGGCUAAUUCUAUCAAUAUGGGGAUGCGGAUCGUCUACUCACUCACUUUUAUCCAACACUUUUUCAGCGAUUCCCAAACAUUCUCAUUAUGGCAGGCGGUCCCAAACUGGAAAGUUGUGGGAGCUUUAGUAAGCUCUGCCAUGAUAACCCACUUGUCCAAGAGGUUCGUGCUGGACUACGACAAUUUUUUUCCAUCCGCAGUCUUGCAUGUGGGGAUUGGUAUUGCUUGCCUGAGCGUAGUUCUUUCGACUGUGUACAAUUAUGAGAGACCAUUCCUUCAUGAGCUUUCUACUUUCAGAGGCUCUGGAAGACACAAGCCGAAGAGUAAUUGAUUUAUGUGAUCACACAUUGGUCAUAAAAUUACGAUUCAGCUUCUCGUUUUGUAUUUAUGGAUCACAAAAGGGACUGCUCCUUCUAUCUUUUGACCGGAACGCAAUGAUGCUCUUUUACCGGUUUGUUUUGUAGCCUCCAACAGAUUCAACUCUCUCAUUACAGUUUACUAGUAGCUUAUCCAGGGCCUCAGCCAUCCGUGAUAGGAGUGUAGUGAGGGAAGUGGCAAAAGAGAUUUGCAAUUUCAUCUUUUUCCUCGUCAAACACACCUUGCUGAUCAAUUCACCUCAAUUGAAUUCAGUAAACUACCCAUUUGUAUUUUCUAUUCAAGAUUUAUGAAUGUUGCAUGUUUACAAGAUUUA